CAAAGGUUUUUUGUUGAUUUUGUUUUAAAAAUAAUGAUUUAAUAAAAUAUAUUCAUUGGGAACGAGGUCAUCGUAAAUCUGUCAACGUGGCUCUUCAGCGCCACCGCACGUGGAUCGCAACGCUAGUGUUAUAUUUUGUGUUUUAUGUAAAAAAUAGUAAAAAUGACGAAGUUGUACAUUUUGUACGAACACGCCGCGGGCUAUGGCAUCUUCAAAGUCGAGGAGUUCGAGGAAAUCGCCAUGUUGCUGCCCCAACUCGAAUCCGCCGUGCAUGAUUUGGCUCGUUUCAACAGCAUUGUGAAACUGGUCGGUUUUUCGCCCUUCAAAAAUGCCAUCACGGCUUUGGAGAACAUAAACGCCAUUUCAGAGGGCAUCGUUACCGAAGUUUUGCAAAACUUCGUCGAUAUUUCCAUUCCCAAGGGCAGCAAACGGGACAAAAUUACCCUUGGUGUGAGCGAUGCCAAGCUCUCGGCUGCCAUCACUGAAGCUCUGGGAAUCACCUGCAGCCAUAUUGGGGCUGUUCCUGAAGUUAUCAGAGGUAUUAGGCAUCACCACCACAACCUUAUCAAAGGUUUCACCGACAAAUCUUCGGGAGUAGCUCAACUAGGUCUCGGUCACUCUUACUCCAGAGCUAAGAUAAAGUUCAAUGUACACAGAGUGGAUAACAUGAUUAUCCAGUCGAUAGCGUUGCUAGAUCAAUUAGACAAAGAUGUUAACACGUUUUCUAUGCGGAUAAGAGAGUGGUACUCGUACCACUUCCCAGAGUUGGUCAAAAUCGUGCCUGAAAAUUAUACUUUCGCGAGAUUGGCCAAGUUUAUUAAAAACCGUAAGGAUUUAAGCGAUGAUUCGCUUGAGGGUUUGGAGGAGAUUACCAUGGAUUCUGGUAAGGCGCAGGCCAUUUUGGAUGCUUCUAGAUCCAGUAUGGGGAUGGAUAUUAGUAUUGUGGACCUUUUGAAUAUAGAGAUGUUCGCUACGCGCGUUAUUUCGUUGGCGGACUACCGCAAACAGCUAGCGGAGUACUUGAAGAGCAAAAUGACUGACGUGGCGCCCAAUUUGCAAACCUUGAUAGGAGAUCAAGUGGGCGCCCGUCUCAUUGCCCACGCUGGUUCGCUGACGAAUUUGGCGAAAUACCCUGCCUCGACCAUACAGAUUUUGGGUGCCGAAAAGGCUUUGUUCAGAGCGUUGAAGACCAAAGGCAACACGCCGAAGUACGGUCUUCUUUUUCACUCCACCUUCAUCGGGCGAGCAGGUACAAAAAACAAGGGGCGCAUAUCUAGAUACCUGGCUAAUAAGUGCUCCAUAGCGUCGAGAAUCGACUGCUUCUCCGAAACCCCUUCACAAGUCUUCGGGGAAAAACUCCGUCAACAGGUGGAAGACAGAUUAAAGUUCUACGAAACCGGCGACAUUCCCAAAAAGAACAUAGAGGUGAUGAAGGAGGCCAUGGAAGAGCUCGAGCAGCAGGUUAAAUCCGAGAAGAAGAAGAAAAAGAAGAGGAAAGCUGAAGAUCUGGACGAAACUAGCGAGCUAAACGCCACCAACGGCGAAGCGAAUGGCGAGCCGCCGAAAAAGAAGAAGAAGAAGAAGUCGAUAUCGCUAAAUGAAACUAUCGAAGCUGAAGUUUCCAUGGACACUACCGAAAAUGGCGACGGCUCUGCGAAGAAGAAGAAAAAAAAGAAGAAAAACAAGGAACAAGCUGAGUAAUUUGGUAUAAAUUUUAUUUUACCAAGAUGUUUUCAAAAAUAUAUAAGUUUAGAUUAAUAUAAUAUAGUAAUAAAUUUGUUUAUUGUUUAACUUUUAUUAGAAAUUUGUAUUUGUCUCAAAACUAUGACUUGGUGAAUUUUAUUUUUUUUAAUGUUAGAUACUUUAUAUAAGACGCUACUUUCUAUGUUUUUGAAUAUAUAUUUUAUUCAAUAUAGGUUUAAAGACAAUUUAGUUUUUUAUUUUAG